GCCGGAGAUUAUAUUUUGGUACACGGUGAAAUGGAUGAGGAUCAAUUUUAUCGUGGAGAAACUUUAGAGGGUGAAAAAGGUUUGAUACCAUCGAAUUACGUGGAAAGGGUUGACGAGCGUCAAUUGCUAUUGAAUGCGUCUAGAGCACCAUCACCAUCUUUCCCGUUAAAUAUACCUCAACAUCUAACCAAAAUUCAACACGAUUUUUCCACGUCAACUCCUUUUGCUGCUUCAACCAUUGCUGCAACUUUACAAUCGUCAACAGCUUCAUCACUGCCCGAUUCUGUUUGCCCAUACCCUCCUGUUGACGUUACUAAAGUUACAGUGCAAGAAGUGAAGAUUACUGAUAAUCCACGUGGUUAG